GAGAGUGAACGCUAGGGUGUUGGAGUUCUGGGUGUCAGCGCUGGAGGUCGGGCCCUGGAUGAUAUGAGGGGUUGUUUACAACCACAUUUGGGGGAGUUGUGGAGAAAGUGCGCUAUGCGUUGGCGGCAGGGAUAACUCGCUGUGUUCAGCAUCCUCUCUCUCAGGGAGGCCACAAAUUUCAGGGAAAACUUUGUUAUUUCUUCAGUUUUUGGAAGUUAAGCAGCUGUUUUGAAGAUUAGACCUUAAUAAGAAUCAUUUACUACCCAAUUAAAGUUGUCCAUGGCAAAGAAAACAAACAACAACAGGAAAAAAAUCAUCAAAGGGGCAGAUAACACAAAGUUCCUAUGUGCUUGGAUGUGAUGUUGGGUUGUUCAUCUCUUCCUCUGUGCUGGUUUGGGUAAAUCUGCAAAGGGAUUUUCCACAGAGAAUGUCUUCGGCCCCAGUAGCACCUUCUAAAUAUACACCCCUAAAUCUACUUAAGGAAGGCACUGUUGUCAAUGUCUGUGGUGUUGUGAGGUUCUUUAAGCCUCCGUACUUAAGCAAAGGAACAGAUUAUUGUUCCAUUGUCACAAUUGUGGACCAGACAAAUGUGAAGUUAACGUGCAUGCUCUUUAGUAGAGACUACGAUACCCUUCCCAGCAUUUAUAAAGUUGGAGACAUUGUUUGCUUCCAAGGACUGAAGAUCCAAGCAUAUAAAAAUGAGCUUCAGGGAAUCAGCAAGUUUGGUUUUGCAUCUUUGACAUUUGAUGGCACCUUAGGGGCUCCUGUCACACUGCGUACUUUAAGCAAGAAUUUUAACUUCACUGCUCAGGACUACAGUAUGGUAGAAGCCUUGCGGACGUGGGCAUCCACACACAUUUCAGCUUCUUCCAACUUAGUGCAGCUUUCUGAUGUUCAGCCCAUGCAGUACUACGACCUGACCUGUCAGCUCCUGGGCAAAGCACAAGUGGAUGGAGUGUCAUUUCUCCUAAAGGUAUGGGAUGGCACCAGGACAAAGAUUCCCUCUUGGAGAGUCUGCAUACAAGACAUUGCUUUUGAAGGUGACUUAAGUCACAUUCUGCAGCUACAGAAUCUGGUGGUAGACAUUGUCGUUUAUGAUAAUCAUGUCCAAGUGGCAAAAUCCCUAAAGAUUGGAAACUUCCUUAGAAUCUAUAGCCUCCGUACCAAACUUCAGCCAAUUAAUUCAGAGUCCACAACUUCCUUGGUAAGACUCGAAUUUCAUCUUCAUGGAGGAACUAGUUAUGGUCGUGGGAUCAGGGUCUUACCAGAAAGUCACUUUGAUGUGGAUCAGCUGAAAAAAGCUUUAGAAUCUGUAGAUUUGGAAGCUGUUCAGACCUCAGAUGACACCUAUCAAUCAGACAAUGUGGAGAAUUGUUUAACAUCUUCAAGCUCCGAAUCAGACUUAGUUUCCCUGUAUGAGGUGGAAAGAUGUCAACAACUCUGUGCUACAACACUUAUAGGUUACCACUAUUUAGAGAAGACAUCGUUGUGUGACAUUUUAAAGCAAAGAGCUCCUCAACAAUAUCGAAUCAGAGCAAAACUAAGAUCAUACAAGCCCAGAAGACUUCUUCAGUCUGUUAAACUUUUUUGUCCUAAAUGCCAUUUAUUGCAAGAAAUUCCAUCAGAGGAAAAUGUGGAUAAAAUUUUGCAAGAUGCUGCAGCUACAGCCCCAGACUGCAAGCUGCAAGAUACACCAUUAUAUGACUCAGAAGUCUGGACCACUGAAGGCCAAGGAGGACGGCAGGUUGCUGUACAUUUUGUAAAAAAUGAUGGCAUUCUCCCUCACUCAAGUGAAUGUCUAGUUUUGAUUGAAGGAGGCCAGCUCUGUGAAAUCUCGAAACUGUCAAGCAUGUUUCACAGUGUGAUCCCUGUGAGGUCUGGCCCUGAGGACCUGGAGCUCCUAGAUCUCGCAGCACCAUUCCUCAUACGAGGGAAGGUGUGUCACUAUGGAUGUAAACAGUGCUCAAAUUUGAAAACCAUACAAAACCUAAGUACCAUUCCUAAUAAAAGACUCUGGAUCCCUUCCUCUGUGGCAGAAGUUCUGGGCAUUGUACCUCUACAGUAUGUGUUUGUUAUGGCGUUCAUGUUUGAUGAUGGAACUGGAGUAUUGGACGUCUACCUCAAAGAUUCUGAGAAGUUUUUCCAGAUCCCAGCAUCAGAAGUCCUCACUGAUGAUGACCUUCAGAGAAAUCUGGAAAGGAUCAUGAAUGUCAUUUGUCCUCCAGGAAUAAAAAUAGAUGCGUACCCAUGGCUGGAGUGCCUCAUCAAGUCCUACAACGUCACAAGUGGAACAGAACAUCAAAUAUGUUACCAGAUAUUUGACACCAUGGUUGCAGAAGACAUCAUCUAG